AUGCUCCGAUCUUCGUUGACUUCCGCCACACGCCGCGGCUUGUCUGCCGCGGCCGCGGAGCCGCCCACCAAGAAGGUGGCCGUCACCGGCGCAGCCGGCGCGAUCGGCUACGCUAUGCUCAUGCGUAUCGCCUCCGGCCAGAUGUUCGGCCCGCACGUCCCCGUCGAGCUGCAGCUGCUCGAAACCGAGCAGGGCCUCAAGCCUCUGAAGGGUGUCGCGAUGGAGAUCAAGGACGGCGCCUUUCCGCUCGUGCGCGGCAUCACGCAAACCGCCGACCCCAACACCGGCUUUGGCGACGCCGAUGUCGCCGUCCUGGUCGGCGCCCGCCCGCGUGGGCCGGGCAUGGAGCGUGCGGACUUGAUGAACGCCAAUGCCGCCAUCUUCGCAGUUCAGGGUAAGGCCAUCAACGACGCCGCCAAGAAGGACGUCAGGGUGCUGGUCGUUGGAAACCCGGCCAACACCAAUGCCCUCGUCGCCGCGGCAAACGCUCCGGAUAUCGACCCGGCGCAGUUCAUGGCUAUGACAAGGCUAGACCAGAACCGAGCCAUGGGCCAGGUUGCCAUCAAGACCGGGACGCCAGUGAGGGAUGUAGAGCGUGUAGUCAUCUGGGGAAACCACUCAAGUACGCAAUAUCCCGAUCUGUCCAAUGCGCUUGUGAACGGCAAGCCGGCUCUGGAUGUCAUCAAUGACACUAAGUGGGUGCGCGAAGAGUUUAUUCCGCGCGUGCAAAAGCGCGGCGCAGAGAUUAUCGGCGCUCGUGGCGCCAGCUCAGCGACGUCGGCCGCGUCAGCUGCGAUCGAUCACAUUCAUGACCUGUAUGUAGGGUCUGGGGAUGCUUGGCAGAGCCUGGCGAUCCGAUCGGAUGGGUCGUAUGGUAUGGAUAAGGACAUUUGGUACUCAGUUCCGUGCCGUUGCCCUGGGGAUGGCGUUUAUGAGAGGGUGUUGGAUAUACCGUCGCCGGAUGAGUACUCGGCUGCCAUGAUGGACGCGACGAGGAAAGAGCUGUUGGAGGAACGCGAUGCGGUCAAGCAUCUCCUCCCGGCCGCGACGAGGAAGCAGGCAGGCACCAAGCCAGCACGGAAAAAGAGGGCGAAGAAGGCGACGGCAUGAGGUCAAGGCUCCCGUCGCGACACCUUAUUUUUGGAACUGGCAGUCGGCGAAGAUGGUUACAAAGCUGUUGUUCAUUGCUCUCGGCCAAAUUGGUUCUCGCGCCGUUAGAGUUACACACCGAUUUAAAUAGAGUCUUAACAGUCUUCGUGUAGUUCAAUGUCACA